AUGGCUUCAUCUUUAUUUUUUCUUAUUUGCUGGUUUGCAUGUAUACUCAUAUGUUACUAUGUGAUUCGUCCUAUUUCGAAUGGAUUCAUUCGAUUUGUUUUAACAUUUUUUUCGUGUGCAUUCUUAAGUUACAUCACUUGUCAAAAUCUUCCUCAAUUUCAUGCAGUCACAAUAUUAACAGUUGCAGUAUGUUGGUUAAUGUCAAUGCGCUUAAUUGCUAUGACAUUAUUUUCAAGAAAAACAUCGUUAACAUUUCGAUCGUUUUUAUUGAAAAUUCUUUGGAUUUAUUUUCCACUUGUACCAAAAGAAAAAGCAACAAAUCAAUGGCCUAUUAUAUUUAGUAUAAUAUUAAUCAUAGUUAAAUUAUUAGUAAAUCAUUGGAUUUAUCGAUGGUCUAUUGUAUGUGAACUGGGCGUUAAUUAUGCAAGAAUUUUCAUGUUUUAUUUAUCUAUAAUGACAAUAUCCUAUAUUUUUGAUACUGAAAUGAUUGUCGUCCGGAUUUUUACUCGAGAUAAAUAUACACUUGAAUCAUUUACCAAUUUUCCAAUAUUUAGUCUAUCAUUACAAGAAUUCUGGGGUCGAAGAUAUAACCGAAUUGUUCAUACGGUUUUAAAAGAAUCAGUUUUUGAACCGAUUCGAGUAGAAUUCUCGUCUUCGACUGUUGGAGCAUUGGCAACAUUUAUUAUAAGCGGUCUUCUUCAUGUUCAUGUAUGCCUCGUUGCUUUUGAUGAUAGCUUAUCAUCAUUUCCAACUUUUAUUUUCUUCUUUCUACAUGGUAUUGCCUGCUGUCUUGAGACAACUGUGAAAAUUAAAUUUCCUGAACAUAUCCGAUGGAUAAUAACACAAACAUUUCUUCUUAUUACGUCACCACUCAUGCUUAGACCAUUUAUAGAAAAAGGAUCUCCAUUUCUGAUGCUUAAUCCUCCGCCAUUAAUCAGCGCUGAAUGGAUACCAAAAUUAUCGGUACCUGAUUUUUGCCCAUAA